ACGAGGAGGGAGAAUUCUUAAGUUUCACGGACGGAAGGUGGAGGGGGACUUGGCUUCGGGGCUUUACACAGAGAUUUGACGAAGACGAACAACGUCGUCGUCGCUAGCGACACAAUUUGAACUCCCGGCCCUGCUUUGAGGUCUCGUACAUUAUAAAACCUCCGGGCGAUGGCUGCACAGUUGUGCGCAACCUUGCCUCGGGCUUCUCGUUGCGGUCACCCGUUGCUGCUGCGCUGAGUUAGGUCAUCGCUUCUUGCACUUCAGGCGUGGUCCUCCUCUGCAUCUGUUGCUUUACCUAGUCCGGGGGUGGGCUGGGUGAUUUGUUUCCAUCUAUCGAGUCGAGGAGAUACUCCUCUCGGUUGACAAGAUACCGAGAUUUGAGUGUGUUCUGUUCGAUGGAGAGGAGCUGGAAAUGAGUGCGCAGUGUGUGCCAUGGAGGCUGAGUGAUCAUGACCAGGGAGUGCUGCUUGUAUUUUGAUUUUGCGGACUCUCGGACGUGGAUGGUCGAGCAUUUGUCCCCGAGGUGUUGUCGUUCGGCGGGUGUGGAGCUGUCGGGUCGUGGCAAUUAGCUGGGGAGGAUGAUGCGCGAGAAACGAGGGAUGGUGUGGCCUUGUCAGUCGCGAAAGCGGAUUCAUCCGUUUGUUGCCUUGCUUGUGUUCCUCCAAUUCCUGUGUGCUUGGGACUCGAGUGGGCUCGUUGCGGCAGUUGGAAUUGUACAGCAUGGUCCACACAUAAGCAAUUUAAAUGUCCUUCUUCCUCCUCGCAGUUCUCGUCCCGUUCAUUAUCAUCUGCAAGGUUAUAACGGCUGUUUCACCUGGACCUGGGAUCAUCAUGAUAUUCUUCAAGUUGACGCCCAAUACAAUGGCACAGACAAGAAUUGCUCCACCAGUGCAGUGCUUACAUCGAUUGCUCCAUUUACUGGACGUAAGACCACUGCUGUGCAUGCAACCGACUCCGUGACAGGCCAAAUUCUGCGAUGUGAGGUUUUUAUUGAUAAGAUAUCGCGAAUUCAAAUUUUCCAUCAUUCGCUCAAGCUGGAUUUGGACGGAUUAGCCACACUGCGCAUUCGAGCUUUUGAUACUGAAGACAAUGUAUUUUCUGCGUUGGCGGGCUUGCAGUUCAUGUGGCAACUUUCACCGCUGAGUCAGACAGGUGACACGUCCCACCGGCUUUUGCACGUCCCUCUUAAGCAUACAUCUCUUAUUGAUGGCGAGAUCGAGGAUCAAAUUGAAUUGGAGCAGAAUGGGCUUGGAUCGGAUUUGUAUGUGGUUCGAGGUGUUGGAGCAGGCCAAGAAAAGGUUACUGCACAUUUUGUGGAGCCAGGCUUUGAGAACUUAUCACAUAUCAUUACUCUUACUGUGGCGGAAGCUGUUUCAUUGGGCCCUCCUUCCCCAGUAUUCAUGAUUCCAGGCACUCGACUUCAGUUCACUCUACGAGCACUGCGGCGCAAUGAGGUCAAAGUUAUUUCAUUGCCAUCUCCACAUCAUCGGUGGUCAUUAGACAACUCUACUGUUGCAGAUAUUGACACUGUAUCAGGUUUCAUAACAGCGCGUACAUAUGGGUCCACAGUGGUGACGGUGGAGGACUUGAGGUUAUCAGGGCAUCAACAAACAUCAACUAUCCACGUUGUCCGUCCAAUAAGCCUAGUGUUAUCCCUAUCUCCUCUUUUGGGGAAGGAGACAGGUGCAGUGUCCAACGUAAAGCAGUCAGUGGUUCUGUCUGAUAGCAAUUGGCAAGUUGUGGCAGGGCGCAAGUACGUGGUUCAGGCAUUUGCUUUCUCGAAGGAAUCCGGAAAGAAACCUCUUUUAUUGACAAAAGAUAAUGACUUAACUAUGCCUCGUGCUAUUUCUCCUUUCUGGAGGAUGUCCAAGGUUCCUGAAGCUGUGGUAGCUGAACAAGGAUGGCGUAAUUGCUCUCUUCUGGAAGCAUUGUCAGAAGGAAAUGGCAGAUUAGUAGCAAGUCUUGGCCAUGGUGUCAUGGUCCACGACCCUUUAAGUGGCAGCUGGUUGGAAAGGAAUAAAGAGCUUCUCACUACUGAAGAGGAAUUAACUGUAUGCGCACAAGUAAAAAUAUUACGGAAUCAUUUUGGAGAAUAUUUGGGUCUACCCUGGGCACCUGGUUAUGAGCAAUUACAUCAUCUAUCUGCUGAAGGAGGCUGUGGGACGAAGCCAACGGAUUAUCAGUGGUCAUCCUCAAAUCCUGCCGUGGCCACAGUAAAUGUUGAUGGGGUUGUGCGGACCAAAGGCUUAGGAAGAGCAGUAAUUCAUGCUACAGCCCUGGGCGAUGUUUUGAAUGAUGACGAGAUCAUUGUGGAAGUAUCAUACCCUACUGCCAUUGGUAUUGCACCUGGUUUACCCGUAGAGGUAGAAGUUGGAUCCUAUAUUCCUGUAGCUGUUGGUCUGCGGGAUUCUUCUGGCAUGGAAUAUGCUAGCUGUGAUGUCUUGAAGAAUGCUGUUCAGUGGGCCAUAUUUGGUGGCGAUGGACAAUUUUCCAUGGUGAGUGAAGAUGCCCAAAUGUUAAGCUCAGCGCAAGAAAAGGCGAUUCAAUUGAUUCACCCCCGCGUCUGUGCAUGGGCCUUAAUUUCCGCAACCCGAACUGGCAGAGCAACAGUAAGAGCUUCCCUGAAUAUUGGGGAACUGCUAGUAGGGUUUACCUCAUCUGAGAUUGAACAUCCUUUUCUGGAAGCCUCAUGGCCUAUUGCUGCCUUUGCUCCUCUCACUUUGGAGCAGGCAAAGAGCGGGGAUGGGCACGGGGGCUACUCACAUAAGUUGGCGGGCACCAGACUUGUUCCACUGCCUUCACCUGAAUCCCGGCAUCUAAAAGAGCUAUUAUUGGUACUAAGAAGCAGCAUGAAAGUGUUCUUGUGUGGCGGCCCUGAACGGUGGCGCCAAGGAGUUGAGUUCGUAGAUACCCAUGAAGUUAUAAAUGAACAAGGCGCAGCGGGCAAAGAGAACAUUGGAGUGUCUCAUGUGCAGGAUGGAGGAAAUUGGGUUUACAACAUUGAAUGCAAGAGUUUGGGGAAUUCUACAAUAUUUUUUUACCGUGGAAAUCUCGUGGGCGAGGACCACCCAACUAAAAGCGUAGUUAGUGUGUCCCUUUCAGUGACAUGCUCAGUUCCAUCAGCUAUCACCCUUCUCAUUGAUGAACCAGAGAACAGUAUGACCUCAAUUAAGUUGGCAGCACACGCUGAGCGGGAUAAAACAAACUGCCAAAUUGCACCUGUUACGGUGAUCAAUGAUCGAUCAAUCAGGGUUGCCGUUGUUGCUUUAGAUGACGCGAGAAGGCCAUUUUCGAAUGCUUCAUCUUUGAGUGUAUCGUGGAAGCUUGUGGGGUGCAAAAAUCUUGCCCAAUGGGUCGUGGAGGAAUCCAACUCAAACGUGGUUUCUAAUGGUUGGGAGCGUAAGCUUGCACUUGGAAAUGCUGCAGGAGAGUGCACUGUACGCGCAGAUUUGCACGGAUUUGCUAGUGAAUACGAGGGUGCAUUUGCUAUGAUUCCUGCAUGGAAAUCUUUUGCAAAAUCAUUUGGACACCUCAGUGAUGCAGUUCAACUACAGCUUGUGGCAGCUUUACGGAUUGAGCCUAGUAAUUUUCUUCUUUUCCACCAUCCAGAUUCCAAGGCAAGCUUGUCAAUAUUGGGCGGAACAAAUGAAGUUGAGGCCCGUGCUAAUGACUCUCGAGUUGUGGAUGUGGUUCUUCUUGAUACUCGAGGCCUGAUUGUGGCUGCCCGAGGAUUAGGGAGUGCUCUUAUCACCAUACGGGAUGUAGGUUUAGCAACUCCAGCAUCUGCGAGCGCUCUGGUGACCGUGUCAGAUGCGGCAGCAGUUAGAAUGUUACUUCCUGAGGAUACGAGUCUGCAGGUGGGUUCAUGCCUUGUGGUGAAGGUGGAAGCAGCAGAUAGUUCUGGGCGUGUUUUUGACUCUUCUCAGUUUAUAUUUAUGAACCUGAGAGUUCAUCUUCAAGAUGGAGUUCUGAUUACCAAGCCUCAUACGAGUGCUCAUCUUGCAGCGAAUGAGUUCGUCGUUUGUGGGGCCAAUGUGGGCCUUACUACAACACUUCAUGUUAGCAUUCGACAAAGAUCCGACAAAGAGGUCUUUUCUGAUGUUGCGCGGAUUUUGGUUUACGCUCCUCUUUCUAUCCGUCCAUCUGCUCUGGUGCUUGCACCCGGAGCAAAGUAUUUAUUGGUGGUGGAUGGAGGUCCUCAGACAGGUGUCGUAUUUAAUUUCGAUGCUACUCAUCCCGAGGUAGUGAAAAUUGAUCCUGCUUCUGGGCUUCUUGAGGCCAAAGCUCCAGGAAGAGCGACCGUACAAGCUCAGGCACGCAAUCAUAAUGGGGAGCUCCUUAGUGAAGCUCAGUUGAACGUGACGGUGCAAGUUCCAGUUUCAAUGAUACUUGAUGUGAGGGGAGGCCAGCUUGCUAUUGGCCGUGAAAUUACUAUAUUUCCUCAUGGGUUUGGGGAGAACCUGUUUGCCUUCUAUGAUUUAUGCGGUAACUACAAAUGGUCUGUCGGAAAUGAUCAGGUUCUAGGUCUGGCAGGCAUAGAUGAUUUUUCUGGAGAGGAAAAGAAUUCCGCUUUAUCUGAGGUCGCCAGUUCUAGAACAAAAGGCUGGGGGAAGCUGGACGAGUCUUCUGGUACUCCAUAUGGGUUCACUGCUAGAGCCAUUGGCAAAUCUGCAGGAAGGACGACUGUUACUUUGUCUUUCAACUGCCAAUUUCACUACAACGGGCAGAAAGUGGAGAAAGAGUUCAAGCCGUCUGGCACAGUGUGGGUAGUACCAGAUCCGCCUUUAUCUCUAGGUAUAGGAGCCACAUGGGUGCUGCCUCCAUCUUACAGCAGCUCUCCUCUGUUACUCCAAAGGGAAAGGCCAGUCCCCGAAUUUUCGGAUCCAGGACGAGGUGGAGGCAGUGUCACUUACUCAGUCAUGCAUCAAAGUAUCAACGAUGCCAAUGUAAUAACCCUCAUGGAAAGUGGAACAAUACAAACUUCAGAGAAGACAGAAGUGGCAUGUAUUCAUGCCAGAGAUCGUAGCACCGGGCGGUCUGAAGUUGCUGCAUGCGUGCGUGUGGCUGAGGUUUUCUCCCUCACGGUAGGAGAUGAUAUACUUGCAGUUCCUCUGGCAGAACUAUCUGUAGGUACAGAUCAAAAAUUGGCAGUGACCCUACGCGAUGAUCUUGGAGUUCCGUUUUUGGAAGCUGGAACAACAAUACCAAUAACUCUUGAUACCAAUCGUGCCGACCUGAUAACUGUCAAAGUGGUCGACGUUGAGAUUGUUGGUCGAUCAAGCAAGGCCACCAUUCUUGUAAAGGCUGUAAGGCAAGGCUCAGCUUUGGUGCGUGUAACAUAUAAAAAUAAUCCGCAAAUUGUGGAUUGGAUAAUGAUCAACGUAGGGGCGUAUGUAUAUCCGCGUAGCCCAGUCCUACACAUUGGAAAUCGUCUAAGCUUCUCUAUCCUCGGUAAAGGGCUACAUGGACUGCUUACAGGUGAACGUGGAAGCUGGUACAGUUCCAAUGCAAGUGUUGUACGAGUUGAUAGCCAUAGUGGAGAAGCUCAAGCUAUUGCAGAGGGCGUAGCAACUGUUAGCUUUAACGGAACGCGGUUGACAACAUACACAACGGUCAAUGUUGUCAGAGUUGCUUCUGUACACAUCGAGGUGCCCACUGGCAUCAUUUCCAAUGUGCCUACUGCACGAGAGGGCUACUAUUUUCCUGUCAAGUUCAGUGAUGCGUAUGGUCGUGAUAUUGGAAUAGUGGGUGAGAAUCGGGAGGUGUCAUACAGCUGCCAAGUUCAGCCGAGUUUCAUCGGGGAAGCCAAGGCGUGGCGAGAGCCUGGUAGUGGUGCUUUCCACUGUGUUUUCCUACCAAAUCAGCCGGCCAAAUUGAAGGAAGCGUAUCAGAAGUCGGUUGCCCAGAAGCAUAUAGCUCCCAAGUAUCUCAAUGGAAAAUUAGAGUUUUCUAUGAUAGUUCAGGUUGAGGGAACAUCAGGUAUCGAAGGGUCCGUAAAGGCCUGGUUCGCUGGAGGCUUUGAGAUUGUUCAGAGCAUGCCUUCUCAGCUCACGCUUACAUCAAAAUCAAAAGAAUGGGAAUUUGUAGUAGUUGGUUGUGUACAUCCAGAUAUUGUUCGACCUACAAUACCCGGACAACCUGAAGCCUUCAGUAUUAAGCUUCAGAACCCUAAAGUUGAAACUGAUGGAGCCGGCGGGCGUGCAUUAUACAAGUUGAAAGUUGUGGACGAGAGUAAGCCUAUAAGUGACUCUUUGGUCAUCAGAUCGUCUCUGACAGGUCAAGAGCUAGAACUGCCAGUAUGCUUCAAGCCUGGAAAAUCGACUAUAGCUGGUUUGACAGCACAGAUCGCGACAACUGUGGUCAUCAUCGUACUGCUGAUGAUUCUUCCUCUAGUCUUCUGUGCCCGCUUGCUCGAUGUACAGCGAUCGUCAUUAGCCUCCAGGAAUGUAGACACUCUCCCAUCAGAACCUGCUGCUAAUGGUGGUCAGUACGAGACCACUCCUCUCCGUCAACGGAUAGUCGGCUCUCCUCGAACUCCACAGACUCCUCCAUCCGGGGGAUUGGGAUACAGAAGUCCUCAACAACCUUACACGGAGUAUGUGAGCAGAACCUUAGAGAACACGCCCUAUUACAGUCGAGAAGGCAUACGAAAGUAUGACCCCUCGUUCACAUACUGAUAGGCAGUUUCCAAAAUUUUGUAGUAGAGUAGUCUUGCCUCUGCAAUAUAUCAUGGAUUGUGCAUCUAAUCUAGUGGAAAAAUUGUAUUUCGGGUUUUUGGCUGGAGCAAUGGGCCUCUGGUGAAGCAAUCCUUUGAGGAAGUUAGUUUGUUUUCUGUGAUCCAAUCCAGACAUUAUUUUGCUCCACCAGUGAAAUUUGUUUGACCAGUCCUAUCAUUCUCUUUUCA